AUGAGUUCCGACAAACCCGACACCAAUCCAGACCCAGCGUCCGGCCGCCUCGAGCUAGCGCCCGAGAGCGAGCUUCAAACGAACCGCAAGCGCGGUUUCUGGGGCAAGCUCAAGCGCGGCUUGCUGAUGACCCACACCGAGCUGAUCGAGCGUAUCGAUGCUCGCAUGGACGGCCGUGGUGUGCUCGACGAGGAAGCUCUCGAGUAUCUCGAGGAGACUUUGAUCGGCGCCGAUUUGGGGGUCGAGACCGCGCUCGAGCUGGUCGAGGGCUUGCGUACCCAAGUGGCCGCUGGCAGCACUGGCAACGCCGCCGCGCUUCGCCGCCAGCUCGCCGAGAUGGUGACCGAGAUGCUCGCCCGGGUGCCCGCGCCAGCGACCUUGAGCCGGCCGGUGAUCACCCUCAUGGUCGGGGUCAACGGCGUCGGCAAGACCACCACCAUUGCCAAGCUGGCCCGCCUUCACCAGCGCCAGGGCGAGCGCGUGUUGCUGGCCGCUGGCGACACCUUUCGCGCUGCCGCCAUCGAACAGAUCUCGCUGUGGGGCGAGCGCGUUGGUUGCGAUGUCAUCCGCCAGAAGGCCGGCGGUGAUCCGGCGGCGGUGAUUUUCGACGCCCUGCAAGCGGGGCGGGCGCGCCGCGUCGACCAUGUGGUCGCCGAUACCGCGGGUCGGUUGCACAACAAAGAGCACCUGAUGGAGGAACUCGGCAAGAUCGGCCGGGUGAUCGAUCGGGCAGGCGAAGGGUUCUCCCGACGCACACUGCUGGUGCUCGAUGCCACCACCGGCCAGAACGCCAUUCACCAGGCCCGCGAAUUCCAACGCGUCGUGCCGGUCGACGGGGUCGUCUUGAGCAAGCUCGACGGCACCGCCAAGGGCGGUAUGGCGGUGGCGGUGGCCCGUGAUCUAGGCCUGCCGGUGGUCUACCUGGGGGUCGGUGAAGGGGCAGACGACCUGAUCGAGUUCAAGGCCGAGGAGUUCGCCGCUGCGCUCUUCGAAUAG